CUUGAACCUAGCGGCAUGGCUGUAUAGAACGUGCUCAUCUUCAUUAAGGCGCGCUUGGCUUGCACUGUUCUUUCUACAGAGCUAGCAUUGUAUCCGCAUGCUCAAGCAUCUGUCAUCACGAUCAAUCCUCACACGAAUCAUCCAUGUCCCGGAUAUACGCGCUACAUUGAAGCACAAAGUGAUUCUACGCUGAGAUGGAUAUAUACAUAAUAUCUUUUUGUUGCUGAAAGAUGCAGCCUAUCAAACUACACUCCCUGCCCAAGGGUUACGCACGCGUGUCGACGAGCUCAGACGACGGUCCAAGUUCCGACCUUCAGUUCAGGGGUCAGGUCGACAAUAUCAAGCUGAAUCCGAUAAACCAGUCCGCCGCCGACGCAGACGAUGGAGAUGACGAAGACGAUUGCAGCACCAUUCCGACUGCUGACGACUUGCUCACCCUCCCACGCAUCGCCGACACCAUCCCCUUGCGCGUUUACACCAUCGCCUUCGUCGAACUAUGCGAGCGCUUCUCCUACUACGGCACGGCCAUCUUGUUCCAGAACUACGUGCAGCGCCGCCUGCUCACGCCCACCGGCGCCGCGCCCAACCCAUCUGGCGCCACGGAUAAUAAUCCCGGUGCGCUGGGUCGAGGCCAGCAAGUCGCUACCGGUCUUAGCACGUUCUUCGGUUUCUGGUGUUAUUUCACACCGUUGCUUGGAGCGUGGUUGGCGGACACGUAUCUUGGACGGUACAACAUGAUAAUGAUAUCCAUCGGCUGCGCUCUAGCAGGACAUUUCAUCUUAGUUGUCGGCGCGACACCCUCCGUCCUGCAACAACCCGAGCUUGCAAUGGGUACAUUUGUCGCUGGCAUAAUCGUCUUCGGCCUAGGCACCGGCGGCUUCAAACCGAAUAUCUCCCCAUUGAUAGCCGAGCAAAUUGUCGCGGACCAACUACGUGUCCGUACCACGGCGACAGGCGAGCGAGUCAUUAUCGACCCGGCGCAAACGUCCGCCAGGAUAUACAACUGGUUCUACCUCUUUAUCAAUGUUGGCGCUUUUCUGGGCCAGAUCACCAUGUCCUAUGCCGCGCUGUACGUGGGCUAUUACCUCGCGUUCCUGCUCCCGACGGGCUUAUUCCUGCUAUGUCCACUCGUGUUGGUUCUCUGCAAAAGGAAUUACCGUCUCAAUCCGCCUGAGGGAUCGGUACUUGGGCCCGCGUUGAGAUUGUUCGUGUAUGCCACUAGGGGACGGUGGUCACUCAAUCCGAUACAGACGGUGCGAAAUUUGCGUGGGGAAGACUUCUGGGAACGCGUGAAACCGAGCCGGAUCCCACGUUCCCAACGGCCGGAGUGGAUGACCUUUGACGAUGCCUGGGUCGAUGAGGUUCGACGUCUGUUCAAGGCGUGUGCCGUGUUCCUGUGGUAUCCCCUCUACAAUAUCACGUUCAUUCAGAUGUACGCCAAUAUGACAUCGCAGGCCGACACGAUGAGACACAAAGGAGUGCCACCCGAGAUUGUGAGUAAUCUCGACCCAUUGGCAUUGGUUGUUCUCAUCCCCAUAUGUGACUUGGUCAUAUAUCCGGCAUUGCAACGGUGGGGGAUCAAAUUCACGCCCAUCAAGAAGAUCACCUUAGGAUUUUGGGUGGGCGCCGCGGCAAUGGUCUAUGCAGCAUUCUUACAGCAUUACGUGUACACGCACAAUGAGUGUGGACGGUAUCCGAGCGAAGGAUUGCCCGAUGGAACGGAUUGUCCGCCAGCGGAUAUCAGUAUCUGGGCGCAAACGCCUGUCUACGUAUUGAUCGCCAUCAGUGAGAUCCUGGCGUCGAUCACCGGCCUCGAGUACGCCUUCACGAAAGCGCCCAAGAGUAUGAGGUCUAUGGUGCAGGCUUUCACGCUGUUGAUGAUGGCUCUUGCGAAUGUCAUUGGUGAGGCUUUGUUGUCGUUGUCCACGGAUCCACUGUUGGUCUGGAACUAUGGGAGUAUGGCGACCAUUGCUUUCGUAGCUGGAUGGUUGUUUUGGAGAUCGCAUAAGCAUCUUGACGCAGAGGAGGAUAGUCUGAACCAGUUGCCUGCAGGGCGUGUUGGUGCUCGCGAGGUGGAUUGGGACCGUGACGAGCGACGCAGUCGCAGAGGGAGUGACGCUAGCCUGGGCAGCGCUGCGUCGGAUGACGGGAUGCUCGGAGAGAGUAAGAGGUCUGACAGGAUAUGAAUUGACCAGGAAUACUCUGCAAAAUGCUUGCAUUUGUUCAUCUCAAGAACCACAAACGAUUUUUCAUUCUCUCAUUCCGCCAACGCCAUUGCUAUCCCGAUUUCCCUCGAGACACCGGUGAAUUAGCACAAGCCUCAAAACUCGCCAAACGCAGACAAUGCAAACAUCAGGCCAAAGCUGAACUUGAAGGCUAGGUUGUCGUUGAUCGCGCUACGGAGGUUGAUGUUCUUGAAGGUGCGCUGUAGCCGAUCCACGGGUAUGAAAUUGUAUCCCUUUCGAGCAGCAUACUGCGGUAAGGGUGUCAGUCAUGAAACCCUCCAAAUGUAGGAAAUACCUUUCGCUCACCUGCGAAACGAUGAUUCCUAGCC